GUGAUCAGUCACCGUCACUGUACUGCGUGGAAUCAAAUCUUUGUCAUUUGAACACAUUUUAAAGACUUUAGCCAUUCAAGAGCGAUGCAAGGACCAGAACUGGUUGACUCGAGGAGUCGUUUUCGAUUUAUUGAAUCCUGUCUCGGCUUGAUGGGCUCUUUGUGCAUCAGCUAUGCGAUCUGGACCCCUCGGUGGCUGGAUGACCGAGGUCUGUGGACCUCAGAGAAUCAGACCAGACUGGACGACAGAUGGACCACUGAAGACAUUGCUAAAGCUCUGGAGGCUGAGAGAGUGCUUGCAGUGGUGGCUUUCCUCAUGUCGGUGAGCUCUGGACUGCUGUGUCUCAUGUUCGCCCUCUGCUGGACGUCUCAAACGGUGCGUUCCUACUCGAACACUCGCUCGCUGCUGAUGGCAGGCCAGGCGAUCGACCCGACCACACUACUGCUGCUCACACUAUUACCUACAGGAUUUUUCUUUUUUCUCAGCUGGGCGCUUUUUACCCAUCAACAUAUUGGUGAGAUCAGGGAAGACGUCAGUCGACUCGGCCCGUCCUAUUGGCUGGGAGUGGUGGGUUGGGCUUCGCUAUUGGCCGUGCUGCCUGUGGUCUUCCUGGCGGAGAAGUUUGUGGUUCCUGACAUCCUGCCGGAGUUAAAAAAGGCUGCCGAAAUGUGGUGGAAGGCUCCGGAGGUUGCACACGCGCGAUCGUUUAGUGAGGGUUUCCAUCAUUCACAUCAUAAGUCUCAUCCUGAUGUUAGGAGGUAUUUGUCAGUGCCUUGAAUGAGAGGAAGGAGGUAGCAAGGGAAUACAGAAGAGAAGAGACUCUGGUCUCGCUGGUCAACUAGCCAAAUAUAUGAGCUGAGCAUAUGUCUCACAACAGGGGUCAAAGACCUGGAUGAGAAACCUGUAACUGCUUUCUGGGAUGUGGGACACAAAGCUACAGGUUAUAAGGUUGUGUGCUGGCUUUGACAGUGGUUUCACAGCUGUAUUUGGACGAGGACACCCAAAAAUGUGGUUAAAGGACUAACAGAGUUCACUAUCUGUGUGAAACAUAAAGCUGAAAGGAUCUUUAAGUUGCAGACAGACCAUUUCUCCAUGACUUUUCAUAGUCGUUGUCUGCAGUUGCCAUUCUGUGAAUUAUACAGUGAC